ACAGAAAAAAAAGAGAGAAAAAAAAGCAAGAGUUACUGUAGUCUUGUGCUUCAUGUCUUCUGAACAGCUCUAGCUGUGACUCUGAGUAAAGGUAAGGGCAAGCAGUGAAUAAUACAUCAAUUGGACCCGUGCAGUUUGUAGCAAUCCCCAAAAUGAUUGCAGCCCUGAAGGAAGUGAUGAGGAGCACCCUGGGCUACCUCACAGGGCAGUCCGGAGGAGGAGGAGGUGGAGGGAUCGACGUGAACGUGGCCGCUCACUCUGGAGGGAUGGUGAACGCCCCGUCCAUGAGCGGCUGCACCGUCAACGGUCCCCUCACCUUCAGCUACGCUGGAGUGCCCAGUGCACAGCAAGGAGGUUGUGAAGGACAACAAGGGGAUCCAAGCCCAAAAAAGUGCAAGACCCCGGCUGAAGACUUGGAGGAGUUUGAUCUGAAGAAACACUCAAGAUCAGAAGAAGGUCUGAAGAAAAUGCUCCACAAAGUGAAAGUCAGGAGGAGAGUUCGGCUAAAUCAGUGUAACCUCUCUAAAGCAAGCUGUGAAAUGAUGGCAUCGGUGCUGCAAGAAUCAUCCUAUCUGAGAGAGCUGGACAUGAGUGGAAAUUACCUGCAGGAUGAAGGGGUGGAGCUGCUCUGUGUGGGACUAAGAGUUCCGCAAUGCAAACUGGAGACACUGAGACUGUGUGGUUGUCUGGUCUCACACAAAGGCUGUUCUUUAUUGGCCUCUGCUCUCAAAUCAAACCCCUCUCACCUCAAACAUCUGGAUCUGAGCUACAAUCACCCAGGAGACUCAGGUAUCAGGGAACUCACUGACACACUGAAUGAUCUCAACUGUAAACUACAGACUCUCAGGCUAAAUCAGUGUCAGCUCUCCAAAGAAAGCUGUGAAAUGAUAGCAUCAGUGCUGCAAGGGACACCCUCCCAUCUGAGAGAGCUGGACAUGAGUGACAAUGACCUGCAGGAUGAAGGAGUGGAGCUGCUCUGUGUGGGACUAAGAGAUCCACAAUGCAAGCUGGAGACACUGAGGUUAAGUCAGUGCCACCUCUCCAAAGCAAGCUGUGAAAGUAUGGCAUCGGUGCUGCAAGGGAAAACAUCCCAUCUGAGAGAGCUGGACAUGAGCGUCAAUGACCUGCAGGAUGAAGGAGUGGAGCUGCUCUGUGUGGGACUAGGAGAUCCACAGUGCAAGCUGGAGACACUGAGACUGUCUGGGUGUCUGAUCUCACACAAGGGCUGCUCUUGCUUGACCUCUGCCCUCAAAUCGAACCCCAACUAUCUGAAAGAGCUGGACUUGACCUACAAUCACCCAGGAAAAACAGGUGUCAGAGAGCUCUCAGACCAUCAGAGUGAUCCCAAUUGUAAACUAGAGACUUUCAGGUUUGAAGAUGCGGGGGAGGGCAGGAUGAAACCAGGACCGAGGAAAUAUGCCUGUGAGCUCACACUGGACCCAAACACAGCACACCGACGUCUGUCUCUCUCCGGGGGAAGCAGAACAGUGAGGUGGCAGACGGAGGAGCAACCGUAUGAUGACCGCUCGGACAGAUUCGACUACUGGGUCCAGGUGCUGUGUAGAGAGGGUCAGUCUGGACGCUGCUACUGGGAGGCUGAGUGGAGCGGUGACGCGGCCGAGAUAGCAGUGGCCUACAAGAGCGUCCGGAGGAAAGGGGAGCGUGAUGACAGCGGAUUUGGACGUAACGCCAAGUCCUGGAGACUCAACUGCUCUGGUGACCGGUACUCUGCCGUGCAUAACAAGACGAAGAUCGCCAUACCUGCCCCUUCCUCUGGUUCCCGCAGAGUAGGAGUGUAUCUGGACCGGCCAGCAGGCACUCUGUCCUUCUACAGGGUCUCCUCUGGCACACUCACCCUCUUGCACACGUUCCACUCCAUGUUUGAGGACACCGAGCCCCUCUGUCCUGGGUUUGGGUUUGAGUAUUGUGUCUCGAACUCCUCGGUAUCUCUGUGCCAGAUCACAUGACCUCUUGAUCCUGCAGGAACAACAUACUCACAUACACACGCGCACGUAUGCACUCCCUUACACACACGCGCGCACGCACACGCACACGCACACGCACACGCACACGCACACGCACACACACACACACACACACACAAACACACACACACACACACACACCACUUAUUAAAAGAACUGUAGAAUGCGCUUGCGGGUGGUGUUAGUGUAGUGGUUAAGGAGCUGGGCUAGUGUGCAAUAGCCUGAAAGUUGUCAGUUCAAUUCCCAGCUUCCACCAUUGUGCCACUGAGCAAGACACUUAACCCCAAGUUUCUCCAGGGACAAUGUAAUGACAAUGUUAUCCCUUGUAAUAUAGUUGAAAUACGUUAGUCACUUUGGACAACAACAAAAAACAGUGUCUGCUAGAUGUAAUUUAAUAACUUGGAUAAGUCAAUGGUUGGUUAAAGCACUGUGCAGAUACAGGACUGGCAACACAUGCUGCCUAAAUGAGUCAUCUUUGUAUGUUUCAUUAGAUUCAUAUCAAUUUAGCUGAUGCUUUCAUCCAAAGUGACGUACGACACAAACAAACAAUUUUUUAAAAAGUUGUAUACCGCUUUGUCUCUUAAUAAUUACAGUAAUAAACUACAAAAGAAAAUGCUGAACAUACUGUAUGUGCUUUUGCCUUUCAUCAAUAUUGAUAACUGUGAAUAUGCAGCAGUAGUUGUCUUAACUAGCCUACUGGUUCUGCCUGAUUGAUCUGUGAAAUGAAAAGACUGUUGGAAAACAAUAAACCAGAAUAUCAGCUAUUGGCAGGCAUGUGUAAACCUACCCGUAAUUUCCUGUGUAUGAGUCGCAUUGUGUAUUGCCGCAGGACAGUGUU